UCCACCGCCCUCUGCCUCUUCCCAGCUCCGGCUCUGCCGCCAGCUCGGCCUCGGUCCUCCUCCGAGUCCCCUCCCCGCAGCCAGCCCACCGGAGGGUCCGCUCCCGCCCUCAGCCCAACCGCCCGCCGGAACAGCAGCUCGGGGGGCAGCCCCCCGCCAGCCCACCUCCCCUAGCCCAGCCUUGCCCGCGCCCCCGGCCAUGAAUCUCUUCCGAUUCCUGGGAGAUCUCUCCCACCUCCUAGCCAUCAUCUUGCUACUGCUCAAAAUCUGGAAGUCCCGCUCGUGUGCCGGGAUUUCAGGGAAGAGCCAGGUCCUGUUUGCUGUGGUGUUUACCGCCCGCUACCUGGACCUGUUCACCAACUACAUCUCACUCUACAACACAUGCAUGAAGGUGGUCUACAUAGCUUGCUCCUUCACCACUGUCUGGAUGAUUUAUAGCAAGUUUAAAGCUACCUAUGAUGGGAACCAUGACACGUUCCGAGUGGAAUUCCUUGUUUUUCCCACGGCCAUCCUUGCAUUCCUGGUCAACCAUGACUUCACUCCUCUAGAGAUCCUCUGGACCUUCUCCAUCUACCUGGAGUCCGUGGCCAUCCUGCCGCAGCUGUUCAUGGUGAGCAAGACCGGCGAGGCGGAGACCAUCACCAGCCACUACUUGUUCGCGCUGGGCGUCUACCGCACGCUCUAUCUCUUCAACUGGAUCUGGCGCUACCACUUCGAGGGCUUCUUUGACCUCAUCGCCAUCGUGGCUGGGCUGGUCCAGACGGUCCUCUAUUGCGAUUUCUUCUACCUCUACAUCACCAAAGUCCUCAAGGGGAAGAAGCUGAGUUUGCCCGCAUAGCUCUGGUCCCGCUCCCCACUCCUCGUUGGCGGCGGUGAAGGCAGCAGCAGGAGCAGAAGAAGGUGACACAAGACAACGCCUUCCAUCCAGGAGUGACUUUUUAAAGAACCUGCCUCUCCCCACUCUCCAGGCCUGCUUCUGCCUGGCUUGGGGGCUGAUGGAGGAUCCAACUCUUGGGGAACUCAGGACUUGGGCCGUUUUCUAGUUUUCUGUCUUUUAGAGAAGACAAUAACAACAACAACAACAACAACAACAACAACAACAAACUCUUUCCACUAUUUUGUUUUGUUUUGGAACUGGGAAUUGAACUCAGGACCUCGCCCUCACCAGGCAGGCACUGUGCCGCUGAGCUAUACCUUGGUCACUCUUUAGGUUUUGAUUCUGAUGAGUCCUUUUUCUUCUACUCUCUGGCCCCAAUUUUUUAUAAACUCUUUUUGAGCGUCCCACAAGCAGGGACAGGGCGAGAGAUCUCUUCCCUUCCUAGGCACCUCCUACUAGCCCCAGCUCCCCACUGGAUGCCAAACCCUAAAUCUGGCCUUUCUGCCCCUACUACAAGUCCCUGGGUAGGGGACAGUGAGGAAGGGAGUCGCCCAGGAAGGUCUCCCCAGAGUUUUCAUAAUUUUUCCAGGAUUUGGGUUUUUUGAUCUUGGUUUUUGACAAAUUAGGGGGGCCCUGGGCUCAGAUGUGGGAAGGGGGCUGGCCCGUGGGUCCCCUCAGCUCUAAUGCCAUGUUUUUGUACAGAAUUUGAUGGUUGAUUCUUUGUUCUCUUGAAAUAAACAGGGAAAUGAUA